AUGGACAUAGAUAAAAAUGAACAUGGACCAUCUGUAACUAUCAGAGAAGCAGAAAGAGAUCACGUGAAUUUCAUUUUAAAAGAUGUUGAUUUAGCCAUGGCCAAUUCAAUUCGAAGAACAAUGUUAGCAGAAGUGCCAACUUUGGCAAUAGAUUUGGUAGAAAUAGAUGUCAAUACUUCAGUAUUGGCCGAUGAAUUCAUAUCCCAUAGAUUGGGCUUAAUACCUUUAGUUAGUGAAGGUAUUGAAAACUUGACUUACUCAAGAGAUUGUACGUGUGAUAAUUAUUGUGCCAAAUGUUCAGUUCGAUUAGAAUUAACGGCAAAAUGUGAUACUGAUUCUACCAUGAAUGUAUAUGCUUCUGAUUUAGCCAAAUUCCAUAAUGGAUCUCGAUUAGGUGAUCCUGUGAUUAGAGAUCAUAAUGGACGUGGACCACUUAUUUGUAAAUUAAGAAAACAUCAAGAAUUAAGACUUACAUGUAUUGCUAAAAAGGGUAUAGCCAAAGAACAUGCAAAAUGGUCUCCCUGUGCUGCUGUUGGGUUUGAAUAUGAUCCUUGGAAUAAAUUAAAACAUACUGAUUAUUGGUAUGAAGAUGAUGCUGAACAAGAAUGGCCACGAUCGGCUAAUUGUGAAUGGGAAGAAGUACCUGACCCUGAGGCUCCAUUUGAUUAUAAAGCAAAACCAACUAAUUUUUAUAUUGAUGUUGAAACGGUUGGGAAUUUACCUCCUAAUGAAGUGGUUAUAAGAUCAAUUGAUACUUUACAAAGAAAAAUUGCUGAUAUUGUUAUUGAAUUGAAUAAGGAAUCAGUGGAAGCUAGUAAUGCUAAUACUGGGGGGUUUACUACUUAUGGUAGAACAGAAUAUGGCGCUGCUGAUGGGAAUGAUUCUCCAAUGGGAAGAACUCCAUAUGGUGAAAGUAGAUUUGGUGGAGCUUCUUCAUGGAAUGCUUAG